UAUCCACCUAGAAUGGAGGUGUGUCCUUAUUGUAAGAAGCCAUUUAAACGAUUGAAGUCCCACUUGCCACACUGUAAGAUGAUAGAACCAGUUGUACCUGAUGAUCAAAAAGUUUGUCAGGCCAAGCCAGCUACACGUCCACGUGCCAGGAAAAUGAAAGGGCCAAUCAAAGACAUCACUAAAGCUAGAGAGAGUGAGUUAGGGACAGAGAGUGAGAAAGGAAAUACUAAAUUGAUAAGGGACAAACCGGAAGGGGUCAUUAAGUCCUCCCCUCUACUAGCCAUUGAUUUGGAAAGAGCAUGUAACACAAAGGCAGGUGGAGAAAGCAAGAAUCAAAUUCAUCCCGCCCUCAAAAUGCUAAAAAGUACUGAACCAAAGACUACUUUCCAGAGAGAAACCAGGGCUCAGUCUAAUCAUUCAGAGAACACCACUCCUAAAAGAGACAUUGCUAAAGAUGUGCCCCGAUCAGGGAAGAGUAGAAGUAACCUUUCAAAACCUGAAGCAUCUUUACCUCUUGGUCCAAUGGAUUCUUCUUCAUCAAGUCAAGAUAGAAAACAUUCUUCAGCCUUACCUAAUGAUGUACAAACCACUUCCGCUAAUUUAAAACUGGACAAAAUUGAUCCCCUAAGACAGAAGCUUCUGGUAAAAUUACCAGAUAUGCCUAUUGGUGGUGAUCAUAGUUCUCCCACGAAUCCCAACUAUGGGGUUAAAAGAGUAAGGACGUCAUUGUCAAGCAAUGAGAGAGAUUCCAAAGCCUGGAAUCACGUCUACGAACUGUCUGCUGAUGUUAGAGACUCUCAGAUUCAGGAAAAGAACACAGAAUCACAAAUGUUAGGUUUUAAAGUUAGCCCACUGGGUAAAUUCAAGGAGAACCAAGAAAAAGGACUUAACCUUGGAGCAGAGGCUUGUGGGAGCAAAGGAAAUGCAGAGAAGAGCGUAUCUGCAACGGAAGUGCAGGGAUGGACUUCCGGGAGCAGUGACACAAAUAAGAGCUUCAGUAGUAAUGAUUCACCCACAGGGGAGAAUCCUCCACGUGAAGGUCCCAAUUUCAAUUUAUUUACUCCAAGGGAGACAACUUGGUAUGAGUUUCUUUCUGGAUCACAGUCAUAUAACCAAAGCCUUGCCUCUCUGACUAUAAAAUUUCUUCCAGUAGGGAGAGCAGAAGCCUGCCUUCAUAACCAAGUUCCUAAUGUAAAGGUGUUAAUAUUGAGUGAGGAACAAACUUCUCUAGAGCACAAAUCUGUCUGUUGGCCCCCAGCAUCAGACCAGUCUUUACCUUCAACCCAGCAUCACACUACUGAAAGCCCCUUCCCCAGUCAGGUCAUUGUUGCUGACAGGAAGGCAGUUCUUGCAAGCUCCCUGGGGCUGGAGUGGUUUCCAGAGCUCUAUCCUAGUUAUCUUGGACUAGGGCUGCUGCCAGGGAAGCCUCAGUACUGGAAUGCAUUGGCCCAGAAGCCUCAGCUCAUCAGUCCCCAGGGGCGAAGACUCUCACAAGUUCCUUUGUUGGAAAGAAGUUCGACUGCCAUAAGGAGUUUGGAACCCCUGGCCAGCCUUACACCUUCCAACUCUCUGAUGAGGCUCUUGGGAGCUGUGCAGAAAGGCUGGGUCAGGUGCAGUACCACCAUGAAGAGUGGAGCUGGUGGCAUGACAAUGCUGUUUACAGGGUACUUCAUCCUUUGUUGUAGCUGGAGUUUCAGGCAGCUGAAGCUGCAGCGCUGGCGAAAGUCGAAUUGACCUGGACCCCAUCUAGGAAAGCUUUGGGACUCCAAGCUGAGUACAGUGGAGACAGCUGCAGCGCAUAUUUAAUGAUUUAAAUGGUAUUUGUGGCAGAGAGAGGGAGUGUAAAGAAUAAAAUUAUUGGACUCUUAAA